UUCACUUCGUUCUCCGCCCCGACAGUGCUCGCUACUCGCCCAAGUCUGCGUAUGCUCAGUGCAUCCUCAACGACAUGGACUUCCUCAAGUCGGCCGUGGCCUCCAUAGCCAAAGGUCCCGCGUUUGGCUAUUCGUUCGGUGAUCGCGUGGACUUUGAUCAGUCCAUCUGGACGUUGCACAAUGGCACGAAGCGGGAAGACGGCUCGAAAUGCAGCAUCUUCUCCUUCGACAUCACCGCCAACCGAUCACGAUUACCACUCGCGAGGAAUGCUCUGCGGAAGUUCAAGACUUUGCGACAUCCGGGCAUAGUAAAAGUGCUGGAUACACUAGAGACAGAAUCACUUAUCUACAUCGCAACUGAGCGCAUCACACCCUUGAACUGGUCCACACGACGAAAAGCACUAUCCGAGGAGAGCCUGAGAUGGGGACUGCACAACGUCGCGAAAACGCUCAAGUUCAUCAACGACGAGGCCGCAUCGGUGCACGGCAGUAUUCGAGCAUCGUCAAUCUUCACGAGUGAAAGCGGAGAGUGGAAGAUUGGAGGUCUGGAUAUACUGAGCUCGAUGAAGGAGGAUGAUGCGGUGAUCUUUACACAAGGCAGUCUGGUGCCGGAUAUUGGACGCUACUCUGCGCCGGAGGUCGUCAAAGGAGGAUGGGACAGCGUACGGAGAAAUCCUACACACGCACUGGACUCAUACAGCUAUGGCAUUCUGGUGACAGAAGUGUUCAACGCUGGACUCUCAGGAACCGACCAGAUUGGAUCGACGAAAGGCAUUCCUGUGAAUAUGCAGAACAGCUACAAGCGUUUGGUCCAUGCAGCGCCCAAGAUGCGACUGAGCGUGGCGCAUUUUCUGGAGCAAGGCGUCCGCAGCGGCGGUUUCUUCGACACGCCUCUAAUACAGCUUACGGAUGGUAUAGAUAACAUGGGAUUGAAGAGCGAGACUGAAAAGGAUGCGUUUUUGAGCGAACUCUCAGCAGUCGUGGAGUCAGACCAAUUCCCGGAAGAGUUCUUCAAGGUCAAGGUCUUGCCCGAACUCCUCAAGUCCGUCGAGUUCGGAGGCGGAGGACCCAAAUCAUUCGCUCUGGUGAUGCGAAUCGCACAGAAGCUGUCCGAAGACGAAUACGACACUCAAAUCACACCUGUCGUGGUCAGGCUCUUCACCAGCCCUGACCGCGCUCUCCGGGUCUGCCUACUCGACAACCUCCCCCUCAUGAUCGAUCACCUCUCCCAGAAACUAGUCUCUGACAAGAUCUUCCCCCAAAUGGUCACCGGCUUUGGCGACCUCGCUCCUGUCGUCCGCGAACAGACCGUGAAAGCAGUCCUCGUCGUCGUCCCAAAACUCAGCGACCGCAUCGUCAACGGCGAACUGCUCCGACAUCUCGCUAAGACUGCCAAUGACGAACAACCCGGCAUCCGAACCAACACGACGAUCUGUCUGGGCAAAAUCGCCAAGAACCUCGGCGUCAACUCCCGCGCCAAAGUCUUAACGGCAGCCUUCUCCCGCGCCCUCCGCGAUCCGUUCGUGCACGCCCGAAACGCCGCUUUGAUGGCGCUCGCCGCGACCGCAGAUGUCUUCUCCGAAGACGACUGUGCCACGAAGAUGCUCCCGGCCAUCUGCCCCUCGCUCGUCGACAAGGAGAAGAUGAUUCGCGACCAAGCCAACAAGACCCUCACCGUGUACCUCGACCGCGUACGUAAAUACGCCACCACUCUCCCCGACACUGUCUUGCCACCUCCAGAAAGCGUCUCCGCUGGUGGAACUCGAAUGAGUACACCACAACCCGGCCAACAAUCCGCCAGCGCCCAAGGAAGCAGCCAAUGGAUGGGCUGGGCCAUAUCCUCCUUCACCAACAAACUCGGCUCCGCAACAGGCGAGAUCCAACCAAACGGCACACCCGCCGCAGCAGCCCUCGCCGGCCUGUCCACCCCCGCGGCAGAUGAAGAAGACUUCGGCGACGGAUGGGGCGACAUGGACGAUAAUCCUCCCGCCCAGGACGAAGAAGAGGCAGCGGAUGCAUGGGGCGAACCCGUGGCGAAGAAACCUGUUUUGAAUACGAGGCCGAGCACGGCGAAGAGUACGUAUGAUGAUGGAGGCGAGCCGGACUUUGAGGGGUGGCUGAAUGCCAAAGCCAAGGCGAAGACGGGAGGGGGUGCUGGGAAGGUGUUGCCGAAGGGGUUGACGAAGAAGACGACGUCGACGCUGGCGGUGACAGGGAGGCCGGCGGUGAAGUCCUCGAAGAGUAAUCUCGCGACGAAGCCUGCGGCGAGUAGCAAACCGAAUGUGCAGGAAGAAGAUGAUGAUUGGGGAGAUGCUUGGGGUUAGGUUAGGAGAGGCGUGAGGGAGAGAAAU